AUGGAUCUAAGUGAAUCGGGAAAGAAAAGGAAGCUUGAAAUUCAAGAGCUUGAGGAGAUUUGCAAUGAAGCAUAUGAGAAUGUAGUUCUUUACAAAGAAAGAACAAAAGCAUACCAUGACAACAUGAUUUCACGCAAGGUAUUUGAAAAGGGUCAAAAGGUAUUACUCUACCAUUCUCGUUUUAAAUUGAUUCCUGGUAAAUUAAGGUCCCGUUGGGUGGGACCAUUUGUUGUUACUAAUGUUUUUGAACAUGGUGCAAUAGAAAUCACAAGUGAGAAAACCGGGAAGAUCUUUAAAGCAAAUGGUCAUCGUUUGAAGCCUUACUAUGAAGGAUUUCAAGUAAAAAAACGAAGAAGUGGAGGAAGUAACGGAUCCAAAGUACCAAGAUUGGAAAAUAGUUGGGGUCGAUUUUGUGAGUUCGAGAGGCGAUUUUGGGGAGCAUUUUAA